AUGGCUGCACGAGUUCUCUUGCAAAGGGUAAGCUUCCACUCUUCUGGUUCAAUUGAGUCACAAUCGUCUUUCCUGGAGCCCAUUGAGCUGAUUUCUUCUUUCCAGCGCGCUCUAGCGGCAGCUGCCCUUGGUGGUAUGGCCCUCACGCCCGCAACGGCCUUUGCAGAGGCACCCGCCGUAGACAAGGAGUCGGCUCUUGAGGGAAUCCGCGGCGCCCCGCGCUUCGUGGCUAACGCAUCCGUUUACUCGCAGAGAAAACCCAUCUACGACGACUUUGAGGCCCUGCCCGCCCCCCCUUCGACCCCAAAAUCCGCGCCUCUCACCACCGAGCCCAAGCGAGAAACCGGACGCACCCGCGAUGACGACGAACAGCCGGUAAUUGUAAAGCCUCGCGGGCCCACGCCAACGGACCAGCUCGCCGUGCAGAUUGGCAAGGCCCGUCUCGCGCUGUACCGAACCGCCGUGGUCGCCGAGGACAAGGUCAACGAGGCCAUGGACCGCGCCUUUGGCCUCGAGCACUCCUUCACCAAGACGCUUGCGUCGCUGGCGCCCUCGCGCGAGUCGGGCGAGAAGCUGAUGCCGGGAGCCAUCUACGUGCUCGUGGCCGCCAUGGCCGGCAGCAUCGUCGCCCGCAAUCGCAACGUGCUCCUGCGCGCUACCCUGCCGAUCGCGUUUGGUGUCGGCGCCGGCUGGGCCGUUCUCCCCGUCACUAUGCGCAAUAUCGCCGACCUCGCCUGGAAGUACGAGCAGCGCGUGCCCGCCGUCCGCGACGCCCACCUCCAGAUCCGCGAGGGCCUUGAAAAGACGGCCAGCUUUGCCAGGGUCCACGCCCGCCUCGGCGUCCGCCUCGUCGACGAAAAGGUCACGGAUGCUAGGGAGAUUGUCGAGGGCUGGGUCAGGCAGGGUAAAUAA